AUGCCCAUCGCUUCCUCCGUAUCGCAUGAGCAUUCUGUUCUAAGUGCGAGCGAACUCAACAAAUUAGAAGCACAAGUUUUACGGGCCGAAUUUGCCAAUCGGCCAGACGCUCAAGCACUUCGGAGAGAACUAGAAAGUGCGCGCAAAAAAAUUGUGUCUAUUGCACCCUCUGAGCGUGUAGAACCUGUACCUGUCAUUGAUGGAUUUGGCCGCAUGUAUGAUAUCGGCUCGCGGUCGUCAUCGGAAGCGACGAUUCAAGCGGAAAGCUUGCGCUCUAGUAAGAGACCCAAGUUCGAGUCGGAUGCACCGGAUGACGUGUCACUUUCAGAUCUCGUGCGACAGGAGCGGUUUACUGCUGGUCGAGCUGAUCAAAAAGAUUACGACAUGAUGCUCUCACAGCAAAUUGCGGGUGAUCGAGCCUUUGUAAAUGACACGGACUACCUAGAUGAUGAAGCGCAGCGGUUUGCUCGUAAGCGGAUGCGAGACGAUGCCAUGAAACGUCAGUUUGCGAUUCAAGGUACGUGUAUCUACAGAACGGGACUGGAAAACGUCGUGUUCUCGCAAUGGGCUUACACUUGCUAG